AUGCAGAUCUCUUGGGCAGUGUGCUCUGUCUGCGUCCUAAUCCAAAUUGCAUUUCGAUCCGUGGAAGGGUGGCAAGUGUUUAAAAAUGAUGCUACAGAAAUCAUUCCUGAGAUCACCGAAAAUACAGAAACACCGAUGGAGCAGGCUUACAGCAACAACAACACAAUGAACCAGGCAAAGCAUGGGGGAAGACACCCACAUUCCAGCUUCUCAUUUGCAGAUGCUUCCGACUUCAGCUGCAGAGAAAUGCGAACCACCCGCUACCUGACGGAGGGGCCGUGCCGCAGCGUCAAGCCCGUCAAGGAGCUGGUGUGCUCGGGCCAGUGCGUCCCUUCCCACCUCCUCCCCAACUCCAUCGGCCGGGGGAAGUGGUGGCGGCAGAACGCCCUGGAUUACCGCUGCAUCCCCGCUCACACCCGCACGCAGCGCAUCCAGAUGGCUUGUCCCGAGGAAGAGACUCGGACUUACAAAUUCCGAGCUGUCACGGCCUGCAAGUGCAAGCGCUACACUCGCUACCACAACCAGUCUGAGCUGAAGGACUUUGGAAAGGAGACCGCCAGGCCGCAGAAGAACAAGAAGCCCCGUCUGUCCAGAGCCAGGAGCAGCAAGUCGAACCAGCAUGAGCUAGAAAACGCUUACUAG